AUGAGGCGGCUUCUGCUGCUGACGGCGGCGGCAUCGCUCGUCCAGGCCACCAUCCACCCACUGGAUGUCCUCUCCAAUCCUCAUCUGCGCCAAAUCAAGAGAUCGCAUGCAAUUCAGCCGCGAGAUGUGACCUAUCCAGCGCAUUAUCUGUCGGUGCCGAUCGACCAUUUUCACAACGAGUCUCGCUAUGAGCCCCAUACAGACAAACACUUCCCCCUGCGCUACUGGUUCGAUGCGCAGUACUAUCAGCCCGGGGGGCCCGUCUUCGUCAUCGCAGCCGGGGAGACGAGCGGUGAGGAUCGGUUUCCGUUCUUAUCGCAGGGCAUUGUCACGCAGCUGGCCGAGAAGUACCACGGCCUCGGGGUAAUCCUGGAGCAUCGCUACUACGGCGACAGCUAUCCGUUCGACAACCUCACCACGUCGAACAUCCGCUUUCUCUCCACUGAGCAGGCCGUCGCCGAUUACGCCUACUUCGCUUCGAACGUGGUGUUUCCCGGGCUGGAUCAUGUCGAUCUCAGCCCUGAGAACACCCCGUGGAUCGCGUAUGGCGGGUCGUACGCAGGCGCCUUUGUCUCGUUUCUGAGGAAGCUCUACCCCGAUGUGUACUGGGGCGCAGUCUCUUCGUCGGGCGUUACUGAGGCCAUCGUGGACUAUUGGGAGUACUACGAGCCGAUCCGCCAGUUCGGUCCGGCGGACUGCAUCCACAACACGCAGACGUUUGUGGAUAUCAUCGAUAACGUCCUCAUCGAACAUGCUGAAAACAAAGCGCUCAAGGCGGAGCUGCUGUCGGCGAUGGGCAUCCCCUGCGAUAUGAAGAGCGAGCAGUUUGCGGGCAUGCUUUCGUACGGCCUCGAUGCCUGGCAGAGUCGCAGCUGGGACCCGGCCAUUGGCAGCCCGCUCUUCCGCCAGUACUGCGAUAACAUCACCAGCCCGCAUCUUUUGUACCCGGACACGGCGGCAGUGAGAGGUGCAUUCAAAAAAUUCGUUUCGAUCGCAGGCUACGACGCCUCCGACGCAGAUCUGGUGACGGGAAUUCUGAACCACGUCGGGUUCCUCAAUACCUCCGUGUUUGCCCCUAGCCAGAGUGACCUCUGCCCCAAGAACACCACGGCUCACACAGCCAAGCUCAGUGCCAGAGCGCCGCAACCCCUGGAUAAAACGUCGGAUGUGAGCUGGAACUACCAGGUCUGCACCGAAUGGGGAUAUUUCCAGGACGGCGCAUCGGUACCUGCCAACAUCAAGCCCUUGAUUUCCCGGUUGUUGACUCUGGAGAACAUGUCGGCCUUCUGCAAGACCCUCUUCGGGAUCUAUACACCACCGGACAUCGACAGAGUCAAUCAAUACGGUGGCUUUGGAUUCUCCUAUCCCCGGGUUGCGGCCAUCGACGGUCUGGCGGAUCCAUGGCGCCCCGCUACGCCCCAUGCAGACGUUGCUCCUCCCCGCAAGUCGACCAUUGAGGAGCCUUAUAUCCUGAUUGAGAUGGCGCCGGAGGAGGUUUGGGAUGGCGCUGCUGGGGCUGUGCAUCACUGGGAGCAGAAUGGGCUAUCCAAGGAGGAGCUGGCGAGUGGCAAGAGACCUCCCAAGGCGAUAGCCCAUGUUCAAAAGGAGGUUGUCCACUUUAUCGGCAAGUGGCUGCAUCAGUGGCUGAAGCGGUCUGCUCCCGAUCUGUGA